CUGAUGUGAACUUUUUGGCUGCACACAAGUGUGAUUCAGUUAUUGCCGACACUGAUUCAGAUCAUGAUUUAGUCAUGAUUGACCCCAAUUCAGAUGAGUACGAUAGUGAGGUGGAGCUUGAGAUUGCCACAGCCUACGUUCAGCUAUGUAUAGAGUACGUGCAAAAGUACUACAUGAAGCGACCUAUGUACACUAGUAUCCUGAGUAGGAGGUCAUAUGUGAUUGAAGUACUAGAAGAAAAUCCCCAAGUAUGUUACGACAUAUUCCGCAUGGACAAGACCAUUUUUAGGCACUUGUGUAAUGAGUUGAAGCGACUGCACCUAUUAGAGGAUGACACUGGUAUUGUUUUAGUUGAGGAGGCCGUUGGACAGUGCUAUUUAUCGUUGGACACAACGCUAACUAUCGGCUAACUGCCAACCACUUCCAACAUUCUCUCAAGACCAUUCAAAGGCGGUUCCGGCGUGCCUUGCGUGCUAUCCAUGCUUUGGGAUGUCUCAUCAUCCGGCCCGACGUUGAUGCAAUUAAGCUUCCUCAUUCACUUUGAGGGAAUGAGAAAUAUUACCCAUGGUUUGAGAAAUGUGCGGGGGCCAUCAAUGGGACGCACGUAAGUGCUUCUGCCCCAUCCGAUAGGACCAUCACAUUCAUAGAUAGACAAAGUGACAUCACCCAAAACGUGAUGUGUGCAUGCAACUUCGACAUGCGGUUUACGUAUGUGCAUUCUGGAUGGGAAGGGAGUGCGAAUGAUUCACGAGUCAUACAAGACGCACUUGGACAUGUCGAGUAUGAGUUCCCUUGGCCACCUAAAGGAUUGUACUACCUCGUUGACUCGGGGUACGUAAUAGGCAAUGCAUUCCUCCCCCCACACAAGCCUGCACGCUACCAUGCCCAAGAGUUUCGGGGUGCAAACCGGCAGCCUACUACCCCACAAGAGUUGUUCAAUUAUAGGCAUUCGUCAUUGCGGAUGGUGAUUGAACGAUGCUUUGGUGUGUUAAAGGCAAGGUUCCCGAUCCUGAAUGAAAUGCACUCCUUCUCCCUCUCUAGACAACGACUGAUUGUGACCACUUGCUGUGCACUGCACAACUUUAUCCGCAUGUAUAACCGGGCGAAUGAAACGUUCCAUGCGUGGGAAGGAUCAUUUGUGAGUAACAACGACGCAACCAUAGCGGGAGCUGCACGUAUAUGCAGUGGUGGCACUGAAGAAGCUUUUAAUGCUCGGGCACAAUGAGCAAUGUCGGAGUAUCGUGAUGCAAUAAUUGCUGCUAUGUGGGCAGAUUACACAGGCAACCGUGAUUGAGCUUUUUGGGAAUAGACUAUAAAAAAUGUGGAUAUUACAAUAUUCAAACUCUAUUUUAAGUUUUAAUCUUGUUUUUGUUGAAGAAUAUGUUAUGACAAAAAUAGAUGCUAGUUAUGGAGUCAUUAGGCAAUGACAUCAUGCUAUGUUUG